CAGUCGAGCAGUCUCGUCUCGCCUCGGCGGGACUCGGCUCUUGUAACUCCUCCCCCGCUCUCCCCUUGCCGGAACUUCGCCAUGGCUCAGAAGCCGCAGCUCCGCGGGAUGACCAGCCUGCGCUUCAACCAAGACCAGAGUUGUUUCUGUUGUGCCAUGGAGACGGGCGUCCGGAUCUACAACGUGGAGCCCCUGAUGGAGAAGGGCCACCUGGAUCACGAGCAGGUGGGCAGCGUCGCGCUGGUGGAGAUGCUCCACCGCUCCAACCUGCUGGCCAUCGUGGGCGGCGGCGGCAGCCCCAAGUUCUCGGAGAUCUCGGUGCUGAUCUGGGACGACGCCCGCGAGGGCCGAGACAGCCAAGACAAGCUGGUGCUCGAGUUCACCUUCACCAAGCCCGCCCUGGCCGUGCGCAUGCGGCACGACAAGAUCGUCAUCGUCCUGCGGAACCGCAUCUACGUCUACUCCUUCCCCAACGACCCGCAAAAGCUGUUCGAGUUCGACACCCGCGACAACCCCAAGGGCCUGUGCGACCUCUGCCCCAGCCUGGAGAAGCAGCUCCUGGUGUUCCCGGGCCACAAGUGCGGCAGCCUCCAGCUGGUGGACCUGGCGAGCACCAAGCCCGGCACGUCGUCGGCGCCCUUCACCAUCAACGCGCACCAGAGCGAGGUGGCCUGCGUGUCCCUCAACCAGCCCGGCACCGUGGUGGCGUCCGCCUCGCAGAAGGGCACCCUCAUCCGCCUCUUCGACACACAGACCAAGGAGAAGCUGGUGGAGCUGAGGCGCGGUACCGACCCGGCCACCCUCUACUGCAUCAACUUCAGCCACGACUCCUCCUUCCUCUGCGCCUCCAGCGACAAGGGCACCGUCCACGUCUUCGCUCUCAAGGACACCAGGCUCAACCGAAGGUCCGCCCUUGCGCGAGUGGGCAAGGUGGGCCCCAUGAUCGGCCAAUACGUGGACUCGCAGUGGAGCCUGGCCAGCUUCACCGUCCCGGCCGAGUCCGCCUGCAUCUGUGCUUUUGGCCGGAACACCUCCAAGAACGUCAAUUCCGUCAUUGCCAUCUGCGUGGACGGCACCUUCCACAAGUACGUCUUCACCCCCGAUGGGAACUGUAACCGGGAGGCCUUCGACGUGUACCUGGACAUCUGCGACGACGACGACUUCUGAGACACCCGGCCUCCCGAUCCUCCCCACCCCCCACCUCGCUGGGGGCCUUCUAUCUCCUUCAGGUAUUUCCUGGAUGAUAUUCUUACACUACUUCUUACAUGCAGGUAGGUCAUUGUUGGAAAUGUGUGUUGGCCUACUUGUGUCCACAGUGCACCUCUCCAUUGCCUUUUAGUUAACCUGCCAUUUUGAUUUGCCAGAGGCUGUGGUAUUCCAGCAUUCACAGCCAUGCCAGAACAGCAUCACCAUGAAAACAUUAGUUUUUGAAAGCUGGGAUUUUAUGUCAAGGAGCAGCUUGGUAUCAUUAUAAGGACUGGAAUUUUUCAAGUGCAAUGCAGCUUGCUCUCUUGGAACUAUUCAAUUCUGAGCCCAACUCAGUGACCACCUACAGACUGGCCAGUGAACCGCAUAUCAUAAUCUGGACAAUAGGACUUUUUUAUGCCUUUGUGUUUUCCUGUACUCUUGUUUGAGUAAUCAUGAAUCUCAUUGGGAAGCCUCUGUAAUAAAUUGGGACUUAAUAUUAUCAGCAUGAUAUCCUAAAAGAGGAGCAACUGGAGUACGUAAUCCUAAGGCAUACCAACAACUUCCACAUGGACCCUGCAUAGAACAUCCUCCAUGACAGUGGCAAACACCUUUAGCAAGCAUACUGUUUUCUGCUUCACUUGACAAUAAUCAGAGGGUUGUUGAACAGUUACCUGUGUUUGCAUUUAACAAACCAGAUCUUGUAUGGUCGUAACACAUACAUGAGAAACUCCUUGUUGGAGGGGGCCUUUAAAGGUUGUGUUUUGCCUUUUUUUUUUUUUAAUCAGCAAACAAUAAAUACAGUGAGAGCUUAUAUUCUUUGUACCUUUCAGUUAAUCAUGUGACUAAAAAUGUGAGAUUUUCUAAACAUGAGAAAGCAGCUAUAUAGGUUGGUACUGUCCUCUUGUUUACUUUAUGGGAGAUAGUUUUACUGUCAGUGAUUUCUUCCUCUCUUUUAAUAUCUUUGCUGUCUCCUGAAAUGACUUGUAGAAUUAUCUCUCAAUGCUUUCAAGAUUGUAUCGCUUUCAUCAAAGAUUGGAUCUAGGCCUCUUUGAUCCAACCAGUCUUCUUGACUUGAUCUUCUUACAUUCCAGUACUGCCUCCUCAUAUAGUAUUGAGAACUCAGGUAUUUUCCAAAUGUAUAGUGGUUCUACUGUCAUUGAUAAAAAUAGAUCAUUUUAAAAAUA